CUAUAAACAGAUUCAUAUUACUCUCUAAACUAAAAAAUCUCAACUUUGAAAAUAAGUUUUUAUUGCUCGAAAAAUAUAGCCAAUGCAAGAGCACUGACAGUAUAAGAUGCCUUCCUUUUGUGCGGUAUCGGGAUGCAACAACAAAGCUUCCCGUAAUCCGGACGUUGUUUACCAUAACUUCCCACGGAACCCAGAACGGUUGAAGCAUUGGGUAAAAUUUUGCGGUCGUAAAGAAGGCUGGAUUCCGCAGAAGAAUCAAGGAAUCUGUUCGUCCCAUUUCACCGACGACAGCUAUGACAAUGGCUAUAAGCUUCGACCUAUACUGAUUGGGGCCAAAGUACGCCGAACACUAAGAACAAAUGCACUACCGGGUGAGGCCAAUAGUUCUGAUUUGGUGGAAGAAAAAGCACAAGAAGUACAUUUUGUAGACAUCAAUGAGAUGGCCAAGGAAAUUUCUUACGAUGCAAAUUCGAAAGCUUUUGAAGUUACGGAUUAUGCAGCGAUUGAUCAAACUAGUAGGGCAGAAAAAAGACCACGGGUAGAACGAACGCCGCAGAUGGUCUCGCCAGAAUCCGAGCUCGAAUCAGUACGUCGCACUAUGGAGAUUCAGGCUCAGCAGAUUAUGGACCUUAAAGAAGCAAACGUAAGCUUACAAUUGCAGUUGGAGAAAGAGAAUCCGGAUGAAAAACUAACGAAAGAGCUUGCCUUGGCUAAACUUGAAAUUCAAGAACAACAGCAAUAUAUCACGGAUUUAAAAGUGGCGAAUUCUAAGUUAGCUAGUCAAUGCACAUCUGAAGGGAAAGCGUUAAGGAAACGGGUCUAUGACAUGGAAAAGCAAGUACGAGUUUGUGAAGAGGAGCAUAUGGAUCGUAUGCAAUUUAUUAAACAAAUGAAACUAUCGUUGAAAGAAGUCCUUUCGGAAAAUCAAAUGGACGUUAUCCUUGGAAGGAAGCAAUUUGUUCACUGGACCACUGAGGAAAUAUCGAAAGCACUUGCUAUUUACUCCAUGAGCAAAAGCUGUUAUGUAUACUUGAGAGACGAAUUAAAUUUUCCUUUGCCGGGUAUUUCUACGCUUCAGUAUUAUGCCAGACAGAAGGAUUCACUCGAUCCAGUGGUGAAUAAGAAAUCCACGGGCAAUCAGGAAAAUGACAUUAGUAGUGACCAGCAUUCGACAUCUUCAGAGUAAAUCAAAUAAACAUAACUUUGGUCGCUUCUGUUGCUAAAUCUACCAAACCCUUCAGCGAACGGAGUCAACUGAAUUGACUAACAACACCACAAGCUAAAGAAGAUAGUCAAAAGCCAAGACCAAUCCAACUAUCAACCAUGAGUCUUAAUCUUGACCUGCAGUGCAGAUUAUUUUAAACAUUAAAAAGCAACAAUAUACGUACCAAUGUACGUGCUGUUAUGUUAACAGUUUGUAAAUUAAUAGCUAAUCUAUUCAGCAGAUAGCUCACUUCCUUACACUAUACAAAGCUGUAAUUUAUUUUACACUCGUAGACGAGGGCAAACUGUACCUUGAAUUCACGAUUUUGAGUGAGCAUUUCGCAGGCUUCCAUAAACUUUGUUUGCCGGGGAACCGAGUAUCAGAUGACUAAUCGCACGUUUGGCAAACUGAAUAUUCUUGUAGUUUCCAAGAAUGUGAAUUUUCGAGUCCUGCAGAACUAUGCGCGUUUUCGUAGAAUUUUCCAGCGUAAACUUUGUUCUUCCUCCUUUGCCGGCCAAUCGCCCUAUUGCGCGACUGAGGUGGUCACCUUUCAGGGAUUUUACAUCAUUGACUUCAAACGAUUCAAUGAAAAGGUCGUCCAGCCGCAGCAGAGCCAGUGCAUCAUCAACUUCAAAACCAAGAAUAAACGCUCGUACGAAGUCGGCUCCCUUUUGAAGAUUUGCCCGGUCCUUUGUUUCAGGGCCGGCUCGAAUCUCAACCUGAUUGCUUUUAACAUUGUAUCUGAUUUGGAGCAAAAGUUGUUCGACAAUUGGUGUAAAUAUAUUCAACCAUUGAGUUUUCAGCGCCGAUUUUCUGCUA